GCAUGCUCCUGAGAUUUCAUGACCAUGGCCGACUUCGCUUGCUGUUCAUCGUUUUGAUUGUGAUACUGACAGGUGGAAUUUGCCUCACAUACAAUUGGCCAAAUAAGGAGGAUGCAGAGUUGAUGCCACAGCCGAUAGUGGCAUCGGUUGAACCCCUGGCGAGUAUCCGUGUAGAUGAUGUUCUACUGGCAUUGCCCAGGCCCACGCCCGGACGGAGCAUAUUUUUCCAUGAAACGCGCAGCUACGAUGCCAAAAAUAAAGAGUAUAAUCAUCCACUGAAGCUGAAUGCCCGUCAAGCGUGUGCAAUCGAAUCUGCGGCACUCCACAAUCCGAAUUCCCAAGUAUUUGUUUUGUUUGUCCAUCGAAAAUACCUACUUGGUGGUGUUCACUCAAACGAAAGCAAGAAAAGCACGGAGCAGCCUCUUUUCGAUGCUAUCCUUAGCUACAGCAAUGUCCAUUUGAGGCGUGUUAAUCUCUGGAGAUAUGCUGCCGGUACACCCAUCGAGGAAUGGCUCAAGAACAGUCAACUCUUUCGCUCGCGAUUUGCUGUCUCCCACAUCUCCGAUUUCCUGCGUUUUUUAACACUGUUUCGCUAUGGCGGAUUGUAUCUGGACUUGGAUGUGGUUGUGCUGAAAAGUAUGGAGGAUGUGCCACCCAAUUACACUGGAGCCGAUCCCGAUGAUGUGAUUAGCUCCGCCGUCAUAAGCUUGACACCAACUGGCUUUGGUCAUAAGAUUGCCGAGUCGCUGCUGUACGAUUUUCAGCAUAAUUUCAAUGGCCUCAAUUGGGCCGGCAAUGGCCCAGGGGUGAUGACACGCGUGGCCCAAAAGAUUUGCGGCACCAAAAAUAUCUCAGUGCUGCUGGAGAAUCGCAACCGCUGCUUGGGCUUUCAGGUGUUUGACAGCAAAGCCUUUUACGCUGUACCAUUCAGGCAUUGGAAGCACUUCUUCCAGCCGCACAGGCUGGAGGAGACCAUGGCCGCCAUCAAAGACUCGUAUGUGGCGCAUGUGUGGAACAGGCGGUCGGUUGAACUCAAAAUUAAGGUUGGUUCAAGCAGCGCCUAUGCCCAAUUGGCAGAACUACAUUGCCCGCGAGUGUAUGAGUCGGCGGGUGAAUACUUUUAGGCAGUCGGAGUGGAGCAGCCGCAUUGAUCGUUACAUUCAUUUUGUUUUUUUAUUCUCUUGCAGGGGGGGACACUGACCAAAAUCGAUUGCAUUUAAAUUAGAACAAAUUCUGUGUACAAUCUUGUGUUGUUUUAUACAUCCAAACUUAUUGCGUCUAAGAAAUUA